AUGACAUUUGGCUUUAAAGAGAUAUUGUCUUUGGAAUCUGAUAUAUCCUUACCUUCUUUAUUCGUCUUUUCACCAUCCCACCCACUUUGCCUGUCUCUUUGGGAAGUCAUUGCUUUAAGUUCAUACGAAAUCUUCACACUUGUUCUACUAGUGAUCCAGUGGCUCGUAAUGUCAUUUAUACCUAUUAUUUUUGACACAAACCAAUCACAUCUCGACAGAAAUUCGAAAUUAUAUCGAAGAUUAUUGUUUAGGCUUUGUAUUAAGAACUCGAUUAACGUCGAAGCCGAGCUUUUUUACUUAACUAAGAGCAGGUCAAAGGAUUUGUCGCUUAUCGAAAUUUCUUCAGAUAGCCCAUGA